CCAAGAAAGCCAAGAGAUACAAGGCUGAGAGUUUGAGCGUCGAACAUCCGGAACUGAGUGCCAUCUUGAUGCAAGGAGGUUAUUCCCGUAUUUCGAGAGUCCGAACUGCCGCCGAUCCGCCUGUCCGCCUAAGGCACAUCGUCACGUGUACAUUUUUUGGUAUGCGGAGAACUAUCGCAACUGUUGGCGACCAGGUCCCCCCAAAGGUAGCCACGAGGAUCCCACAAAACUUGAACUACCUAUGGCCCCUAAUGCCAUGUAUUCCUGACCCCCUUGAGAUUGCCCCAUGCACUGGUGAGGGCACGCCCACAGCGAACAUUCCCCCAUCCAGCCCGGCACAAAAACGCCGUUUUGGGGCACAUCCAUAUAGCAAUCUCUAG